UGCGUUCUUCCGAAAAAAGCUCCUUUUCCGCUGCAUCAGAUUCGAUUCUCACAACACAAAGCAUCGGAAACAAAACUGGCACCAACAUUUACUCCAAACGAAAAGAAACCUCUAUUUGAGAAUGGCUAAUGCUGGUUCUAGUGUCAUGAGCCCUGGGAGAGUCCCUGUCGCGUUAUGUGUGGUCCCGAUGCCUGCAGCCUCCGCCAUGGGUACCGGUAAUGUUGGUGUAGAAGCACAUGCUUCAGCUGCAGAAGUGAACACCAAUACUCACACCUUUGGAUCGCAGCAGGGUCCCAACCCCAACGUGGAUCUUCAGCUUGCAUCUUUUCCUGUCAAGCUCCAUGCCAUGCUUUCUUCGAUCGACCUCACUGGCGGUCACGUUGAUAUCGUAACAUGGAGACCACAUGGUCGUCUCUUCAUGGUCAACGAUAGAAACCGCUUCAUCAAUGAAGUCAUUCCUUGUUGGUGUUUCACCAUGACCAGCUACGCUUCUUUCCAGAGACAGCUUAACAUCUAUGGCUUUCGAAGCUUGUCCUCGGGGCCUGAUAAAGGAGGCUACUAUCAUGAGAUGUUCUUGCGGGGACAUCCUGAGUUGGCCACUCAAAUCCCACGCCAGAAGCUCAAGGGCAAAGGACCCCGCAAACCAGCCACUCCCGAGAAUGAACCUAACUUUUACGCGAUGCCAACCUUGGCAGCACCCCAGCCUCAGAGAGCUCCUCCCGCUGUGUUUUCCCCUCCUCAGAUUCACGAGUCUCCCAUGGGAGGAAUGACCCUCCGAAGGCUCUUAUUCAAUGACCCCUCUGUGCUCUCUAGGGCUGUUGCAGCCGAGAUGGAUGCUUUGCCUACAAACAGUGCGCAGCAGAGAGAUCCUCAAGAUGCACGUAACCGCGUCUCUUCUAUGAAUCAAGAGCACUCGUUCGUACAGCCUUGGGAAUCCGAGAACCCAAUUUCGGUUGGAGAAGGUCUCGAAGUGGACCUUUUUGAGCUCAUGCUCGAGGAUAGAGCUCGUGGUGUUGAAGAAUCUGAUACUAUGGUUUCCAAUGAGUGCAUUGGACAAAACGUGGAGGCAGGAAUCUACGGUGAUUUCCGUAUCGACUUUGAACCACUUCCUUUAACACGUGGUGCUCGCGAAUACCCAGGCUGCUACCGCUAUCAGUAAGAGGUGUGCCGGCAGCAGUGCAGGUCAAGACAGUUGCGGUGGAUUAGGGUGACAGUGCGUGGAAGUAUGCUGUCACGUUUAGGUACAUGGUGAGGCAGUUGUGGCCCAAGGGGAUCUAGAGAUACAAAAUAGCUAGAUGGCGGGUGCUCGGGCCUCAAACAAUUGCUCCAAAUGAAUGGCAUCCAUAGCCAAUACGUUACAUUUUAAAUGAUUCAGUUGAAUAUCAUCUAAGCAUCUUCUGUUUAUUCAAUCGAAUUCUUGUGCCAUUCAUUGCGACGACCACUCGCCUCC